GUCUCGGAGUGUCUUUUGACCUCCUUGGUUGCCUCAGUUUCCCCCUUCGUUAGUCGGGGCCCUGGCGAGCACUGCUCCUGCCCCCUGGAGCGGGUCCCUUGCCGGGACUGAAAGAUAACGGUGUCUGCACUUAGAAGGGAGUUGUCCGUGAACCAGGCCUCCGCCCAGACCAUUACCUUAACAGAUACCGCGUCUCUGUCCCUAUUGAUCGUUCAUCGGUCCUCUUACGCCAGUCCGUGAGGUUGCACAUCUCCCAUCCAUGCGUCCUGGCCUCCUGUCCCAAGCUUCACGUGUUUCUUCCUGUCACCUGAAGCACCCAGGCCUGCAUCAUGGACUUUCAGCACAGACCUGGAGGCAAGACUGGGAGUGGGGGCGUAGCCUCCUCCUCCGAGAGCAACCGAGACCGGAGAGAGCGCCUGCGGCAACUGGCCCUGGAAACCAUCGACAUCAACAAGGACCCGUAUUUUAUGAAGAACCACCUGGGCUCCUAUGAGUGCAAACUCUGCCUGACCCUGCAUAACAAUGAGGGGAGCUACCUGGCCCAUACCCAAGGGAAGAAACAUCAGACUAACUUGGCCCGGCGAGCUGCCAAGGAGGCCAAAGAAGCCCCCGCACAGCCUGCACCGGAGAAGGUCAAGGUGGAGGUGAAGAAGUUUGUGAAGAUUGGCCGCCCUGGCUACAAAGUGACCAAGCAGAGGGAUACAGAGAUGGGCCAGCAGAGCCUGCUGUUCCAGAUUGACUACCCUGAGAUUGCAGAGGGUAUCAUGCCACGUCACCGCUUCAUGUCUGCCUAUGAGCAGAGGAUCGAGCCCCCAGACCGCCGCUGGCAGUACCUGCUCAUGGCUGCUGAGCCCUAUGAGACCAUUGCUUUCAAGGUGCCGAGCCGGGAGAUUGACAAGGCUGAGGGCAAGUUUUGGACCCACUGGAACAGAGAAACCAAGCAGUUUUUCCUUCAGUUCCACUUUAAGAUGGAGAAGCCCCCAGCACCUCCCAGCCUCCCAGCAGGACCCCCAGGUGUCAAGCGGCCCCCGCCCCCACUCAUGAAUGGACUGCCUCCUCGCCCACCACUCCCUGAUGCUUUGCCCCCACCUCCACCUGGUGGCCUGCCUCUCCCUCCUAUGCCCCCCACUGGGCCUGCUCCCUCUGGGCCUCCUGGACCUCCCCAGAUGCCCCCACCAGCUCCUGGGGUGCACCCCCCAACUCCAGUAGUACACCCACCAACAUCUGGAGUCCACCCCCCAGCUCCUGGGGUACACCCCCCAGCACCAGUGGUCCAUCCACCAACAUCUGGGGUCCAUCCCCCUGCCCCUGGAGUGCACCCCCCAGCCCCUGGAGUGCACCCACCAGCCCCUGGAGUGCACCCACCAGCUCCAGGAGUGCACCCACCAGCUCCAGGGGUGCACCCACCAGCUCCAGGGGUACACCCACCAGCUCCAGGUGUGCACCCGCCAGCUCCAGGGGUACACCCGCCAGCUCCAGGGGUACACCCACCAGCUCCAGGGGUACACCCACCAGCUCCAGGGGUACACCCUCCUCCAUCAGCUGGAGUUCAUCCUCAGGCUCCAGGGGUACACCCACCUGCUCCUGCAGUCCACCCUCAAGCCCCUGGGGUACACCCCCCAGCCCCUGGGAUCCACCCUCAGGCACCAGGGGUGCACCCUCAGCCGCCUCCUGGAGUCCACCCUGCUGCCCCGGGGGUCCACCCUCAGCCUCCAGGGGUUCACCCCUCAAAUCCUGGGGUGCACCCUGCUCCUAUGCCCCCCAUGCUGAGGCCUCCACUCCCUUCAGAUGGCCCUGGGAACAUGCCUCCCCCUCCCCCAGGCAACUGAGCAGUCCCCCCACUAGCCUCUGUUGUCUGUGUGGUCUUUUUCCAUGGCCAGUCCUUGGAAGGUUUUUCUAUUUGUCCUGCCUUGAGCCUAUUAAACAGCCU